CGGUGUUUGGGCUGUCGUCACGGCCCUCCGCCACCGCCUUCGAGUUACCCGCUUUCUGCAUCUCUUUCACCCCAGCGGGUGCAUACAAAUCUGGUGUUGGAAGUCGCCUGGCCAUCUGAUCGCUAACCACUCACUCUUACCCUGCCAGGUAUUUACUCGGGGUCAUUUACUUGUCCUUCGUCACGGUCGCAGUGCAAUACCUUUGAAUCUCUAGAUAUAUACCGAAAGCCUUCGCGCCCGGCUGAAGAUCGGCACCAUGUUCUCCCAGAUCAAGCAGGACCCAGACGCCUCGAUGUCUUACAUCAAAUCUGAGCCUGAUACCAAAGAUGCCAUUCUCCAUGAUAUUGACGAUGAAGAUUUGUAUGAGGAUGCCGGGGAUCUUGACUUUUCAAAUUCCGCGCAAAGCUUGUGGCUUUCUCGAAUCCCUCGGUCGCUCUGGGAGCAUUGGUCUAAACUUGAUGACGAUGAAGAGAUCCAGAUUGGGACAAUAAGAAUCGAAGGGGCGCCAAGCGAUAUUAAACGGGUCAGUUUGCGCAUCAACGAGCGAGAUGAUAAUCGCGAUAUCCCCAAGGACUAUAUCCUUCAACGCCAGACGGUAAAUGCGGAUAAUUUACUUCACAUGACACAGAAUACAUAUCUCUUCACGGAAAAGGACAUUCCCGGGCAUGAGAAUCGGAUGGUAGUGUUUGGCGAAGCUAGGUCUGCGCUCUACGAAUCGAUGAAGCGUGACGCGAGGAAAAAGGAGCGCAAGAAGAAAUGGGAGCCUUAUGUUCGAAAAACAGUUCCCAAACAAACCGCGCUGGUUGGAAACGUGAAAGAAGAGUUCAACUGCCUUCCCGUGGAGAAUGAGGAAUUUCGACGGCUAUCAGAAAAGAAAGCUCUGGAAGCGCUUAAACCGAAACGUGAAACCGUCUUCAUUGAUAAGCUUCCGGGCAAAUUGCUUCAGCCACGGAAUGCGCUGCCUGGAGAGAAGGGCGCUUUCGUGCAAGCGACAAGGCCUGCCAAACUCAAAGCACAAGAAAACAAGACCACACGUAUGCCUCAAAACGAGCUAUUGGAUCUUAUUUACCAGUGCUUCCGGGAGUACAGAUACUGGCCUUUUAAGACACUUAAAGCCAGACUCCGACAACCGGAAGCUUAUCUGAAGCAAACCUUGGAGAUGAUUGCCCACCUGGUUAAAUCUGGUGACUUUGCGAUGACUUGGGAACUCAAACCGGAGGCGAAAGAGAGCAGUUACGCGAAUGCACUGGGAUAUGGAGAUGCCAAGGAAGAGCUUGCUCCUGGCCUCGAUUACAACUUCGAUGACGCUUCUGAGGAUGAUGCGAUGGCAUCUGGCAUGGAUAAUGAUGAUAUGCAGUUUGAGAAUGUGGUCUAAAAGCAGGGUCUUCAAUGUAGUAUAGGCAUUGCCAUGGCGUUUCAUCUUGGGUUUAUAAGGUCAUCCAACCAAGGAGUUCAGGAGUCAUCCCAUAAUUAUUCAGCAAUUCGAAUAAACUAGAUAAUUUAAUACUAG